AUGGCCGAAAGUGCAAAAGUUGAAAUUUUAUUGAAAGCAGUCGGUGAUGCGCCAAUACUGAAGCAAAAUAAAUGGACAGUUGAUGAAAAGAAGACAGUAGCGGAACUAAGUAUUUUUUUGCGAAAUUAUAUGAAGCUCAAUGACAGCGAUUCUUUGUUGCUUUUCAUCAAUCAGUGUUUUGCACCGUCACCUGAUCAAACAGUGCGGAAUUUAAAGGAUUGUUUCGCACCCGGUGAUUCAAAAUUAGUCAUCAAUUACAGUAAGACACAAGCAUGGGGUUAA